GCACACACAGCACCAGCAGACCCACCACCAGCUCCUACAGUACCAGACUGUGCAGCUGCACCAUCAGCAUCCACACCUCCAAGUGGCACAGCUCCCACAGGACCAGACAGGCCACCAGUUGCAAGGGAUGCAGCUCCAACAUCAGCAGCAGCAACAUCAUCACAUUCCAGUUGUAGCUCUCCACCAGAUGCCACAGCAGCACCACCACCAAAUGCACCAGCAUUUGCAGCAUCAACAACAACUCCUUGCUGAGCAGCACAUUCAUCAGCAACACCAUCAUCAACACCAACAGCACCAUCAACAACAGCAGCAGCAGCAACAGCAGCAACAGUCGCAGCCAAAUCACAUCGCAAUUCAUCACCAGCAGCAGCAGAAGAAUCACGUGAAUCCAAUCAUAAAUCCCACACCGUCACAACAACCCCAACCCCAAUCGCAACAGCCCCUCAGCAAGCCCGCCACCAAUGACAACACUUUGGUCUUUGUCGACUGUGAUAUAGACAUCGAGGAUUGCGACUGCAACCUCAUAACUGAUCCUCCUGCCUCAAUCAAAGACACAUCUCAUGACGAGGAACUGCAAGAGUGCUCGGAGAUGGUGGAGGAAGAAGAGCCUAAGAUCUCUAGCUCGGAAGUCAGCCAGAUUACCUCCCCAGAGUCAGUGGACAUAGGCUCUGUUGGUAGUGGCGGCCAUCAGAAGGAGGACAUAGGAAUCCACAGUCAAGAAGUUAUUGAUGAAUCUCCGGACAGCCACAACCAAGAGCAGACGAGUGGUCAAGGAUACAUUGCUGUUGAAACACCGGAAAACAAUGAAGCUGAGAACUCGCCAAUUGUGUCCUCAACUGUUGUGCAAGAUGAGCCAAGAAAAGUAGAGGAAGCAACUGAAUAUCACAAACCUACUCUGUUGGCUAAAAACGUCAAAAGCAAAAAACAUGCAAAGUUGCAGAUUUGUCGUCAGUGUGACCAGGUGUUUUCAAAUCGUCAGGCGCUAGUCAGACACAUUGAACGAAGGCAUAAAGCUUAUGCAUUUCAUUUUAGCUGUGAUACCUGCCGUAAAAAAUUCAGCUCUGAGAGGGCACUUACCAGACAUGUUCAGCUUCACAAGACAUACCCAUGUAAAUUAUGUGAUAAUAUAUUCUUCAGGAAAGCUAAACUCAAGAAACACCUGGAAGAUCAUACACAAGACAGCUUGGCUUGUAAAGUGUGCUCAAAAGAGUGUACAUCCCUCCAGGCUCUUAUAUCACAUAUGAAAACUCAUACACAGAAAAAGAAAGUAAACAAAUGUAAUGUGUGCUCCAAAAUAUUUGCAAACAACAGGAACCUGAAAGUGCACAUGAGAACUCAUACAGGAGAGAAACCAUUUGUUUGUGAGAACUGUGGAAGGAGUUUCAGUCACCGUAGCAAUAUGCAAACACACCAUGACACCUGUACUGGUCAGUUCAGUCAUAGAUGUCAGAUAUGUGGAAGAGGUUUUGCUUUGGAGUCCGUUUAUCGCAGGCAUCGGGGCGGGAACAUAAAGGGGCUUUAA